AAGUAAUCUUAAGUACAUCGAAUGUUAUAUCUCUCUCUCUCUAUAUAUAUAUUAUCAACAGGACUUACAGUGUUUAAUCAGUGUCAACUAAGAUAAUAAAGGGAGACAGUAAAAUAGUGUAAUCAUUUACCGUACUCCCAUAUUUUAUCCGACUUGUUAUAACCAAACAACAUGAUUAUGUUAUAAAUAUCGUUCAACUUCCGUGACAAUUUACCGUUAAACUUCGUUGGAAUCAAUGCUAGUGUAUACAUUCUAGUAGUCGAUGGAAAUAUCGUCGAAAAUUUUCAGAAUAUAAAAGAAGAAAUUUGUCUGCUGAAUAAACAGACGGAGCUCGUGUAAAUAAACGCAAUUUUCAUGAACAUAUAUUUGGACCUAGCCAUUUACUAGCCGUUUACAAGUAGCAAACUGGUAUUGUUCAAGAAGUGCUCACUUUUGCAGUGUCAGCAAUGAGUGUACAUUCCAUGUGUCUCGUCUUUUUAAAUAUUUUCCUGUGUGGAUUUCUUCAUGUUGAGUCCAGCAACAAAGUGUUGGUGAUUUCCAUGGACGGAUUUCGUUGGGAUUACAUUCAGAAAGCAAACACUCCAAAUUUCGACGAUUUUGCCGCCAAGGGAACCAGGGCAAAGUACAUCAACAACACGUUUAUCACGAAAACGUUCCCAUGCCACUACUCUAUCGCAACAGGCCUGUUUGAGGAGAGUCACGGCAUCAUCGCCAACAGCAUGUAUGACCCCGUCACCCAGAAACACUUCACUAUGUCCAGCAAGGAGUCAUUCUGGUGGGACGGUGGGGAACCGCUUUGGGCCACCGUGCAAAGGUCUGACCUUAGGAGCGCUGUGUACUACUGGCCGGGCAGCGAGGCGGAGAUCAGGGGCCUCAGGCCGAACAUCUACUUUCCGUACAACGAGUCUGUGAACUUUUAUUCUCGCGUUGACACUGUGGUGCAGUGGUUGGCUAACGACUCGUACAACAUCGACUUCGCAAUGCUGUACUUCCACGAGCCGGACCACACGGGUCAUAUGUACGGCCCGGACUCGACGGAAGUUUUGACUAAAGUGGAAGAGAUGGACGCCAUACUAGGAUACAUAGUCGAAAGUUUCACGAACGCAAGUCUAUGGGCAAACGUUAACGUAUUAGUCACCAGCGAUCACGGGAUGACUGAGAUAAGCCACGAUAAAACCAUCGACCUCCUGGCGUACGUAGACAAUGCCGCCAUGGAGCAGGUGCCAUCCAUGGGGCCGGUGGCCAACAUCAGGGUGGCUGACGGUAUGUUGGAGGAAGUGAUAGCGAACCUUUCGUCGGCACCGCAUCUGAAGGUCUAUCGACGGGAAGAAGUUCCGGAAUUUUGGUACUAUAAAAACAACGAACGUAUUCUGGAUAUUGUGGCCGUGGCGGACGAGCAUUGGAGCAUUAUAAUGAAUGCGAGUGCGUACACGUACAACGGCAAGGGAGGUCACGGCUAUGACAACAGGUUGAUGUCCAUGAAGCCCAUCUUCUACGCUCGGGGCCCAGACAUCCGGUCAGGGUACGAGACUCGGCCAUUCAACUCGGUGGACAUUUACCCGACGGUGUGUCGUCUGCUCGGGGCGCGACCAGCCCCAAACAACGGAACCAUUGAACACACGAGCGACUUUGUAACCCUUCCAGUGUCUCAGGCCGCUUCUGUUAGAUCUCAAACAGUGCUGUCGGUUUCUCUCAUAUAUGUUUCCAUGGCUAUAUUUUGUGUGCAGGAAGUGCUAAGGAUAUGAAAAGGAAUUCCUAGAAUGAGAACUGUGCAAGUUUAGUGAAAUGUUUUUCUUUUGAACUCCAGCAGGGUUUACCUUUUAUUCAGAUAUGUAUUAUUUUGUCGUUUAAUGCAGUUUUAUUUUAUUAUCAUAUGGAAACAACACUCAUUUAUCUAUAAAUAAAUACAUUGUACUAGCUAUCGGUUCUGGUUAAAUUAAGUCGCAUUGGACCUUAAGCGUAUGUGUAAGCUUACACUGUUACGGACACAUUUAACCGUUUUCCUCGCGAUUAAUAUUGUAAUAUAAAAUCUCCUCGGUGUUGACAUUUGGAAUGCCGACAGGUUGAUGUCCAUGAAGCCCAUCUUCUACGCUCGGGGCCCAGACAUCCGGUCAGGGUACGAGACUCGGCCAUUCAACUCGGUGGACAUUUACCCGACGGUGUGUCGUCUGCUCGGGGCGCGACCAGCCCCAAACAACGGAACCAUUGAACACACGAGCGACUUUGUAACCCUUCCAGUGUCUCAGGCCGCUUCUGUUAGAUCUCAAACAGUGCUGUCGGUUUCUCUCAUAUAUGUUUCCAUGGCUAUAUUUUGUGUGCAGGAAGUGCUAAGGAUAUGAAAAGGAAUUCCUAGAAUGAGAACUGUGCAAGUUUAGUGAAAUGUUUUUCUUUUGAACUCCAGCAGGGUUUACCUUUUAUUCAGAUAUGUAUUAUUUUGUCGUUUAAUGCAGUUUUAUUUUAUUAUCAUAUGGAAACAACACUCAUUUAUCUAUAAAUAAAUACAUUGUACUAGCUAUCGGUUCUGGUUAAAUUAAGUCGCAUUGGACCUUAAGCGUAUGUGUAAGCUUACACUGUUACGGACACAUUUAACCGUUUUCCUCGCGAUUAAUAUUGUAAUAUAAAAUCUCCUCGGUGUUGACAUUUGGAAUGCCGGCACCAUUAUUGUAUCUCAUAAUGGUUAAUUUUCAUACCAAUUCUUCCUACAUGUUCAUCCAUUCACAAUCUAUCUCUUGGGGGUUUGUGUUGAAGUAAUCAUUAACCAAAUAUCUUCUAAAGAUAUGCUUCUUAACAGUUAUCGAAAUUUACCGAAAUUCCCAAAGUUGUUUAUUGAGGACUGUCAUUUUUGCGGAAUUGUUUAUUUUGGAAAAUGCAUAGUGAAAACAUGAAUGUUGUUUCCAGUUUUUAUUGCCAUAUGAUAAUUACUUAUCAUAAGUCUUUGUUGAAUGCAAAUAUGUAUUUUAUUAAUUACUUGCUACACUGUAACUGCCAUGUCAUUGCACUAUAUAUUUGUAAUAUCCGCGCGUUCCAAAUUUGAAAUUUUAUGUAAAAUAUGUGUUUAAUGAGAAAUUAUUUAAUGUUUAAUGGCACUAAAAUAGUUAUAUGACCAUGAUAGGUAACGGUUACUGCCCUUUGUUAACAAUUGUAUGUUUAACCCGAUUUUAUGCAUUAUAUAACUGGUUAUUUGCUCAA